UGGGUGGGGGGGAUGAGGAUGAGGAUGGAAGGCGGGGAGGAGAUGCAGGGCGCCGUGGGGCUGCGCUCCACCUGGGACACCCCACUACCCGCUGGCACCGCGGCCAAGUGGGUGAGGCUCAAUGUGGGGGGCACCAUCUUCCUCACCACCAGGCAAACCCUUUGCCGGGAGCAGAAAUCUUUCCUGUGUCGCUUGUGCCAGGGUGAGGAGCUGCAGUCGGACCGGGAUGAGACUGGUGCAUACUUAAUAGACCGGGACCCCACUUAUUUUGGACCCAUUCUGAAUUUUCUCCGUCAUGGGAAGCUAGUCCUGGAUAAAGAUAUGGCUGAAGAGGGGGUUCUAGAAGAAGCCGAGUUCUAUAAUAUUGGCCCUUUAAUCCGGAUAAUCAAAGAUCGCCUAGAGGAGAAGGACUACCCAGUAACUCAGGUGCCUCCUAAGCAUGUCUACCGUGUGCUACAGUGCCAGGAAGAGGAGCUCACUCAGAUGGUUUCCACCAUGUCAGAUGGAUGGCGCUUUGAGCAGCUUGUGAACAUUGGCUCAUCCUAUAACUAUGGCAAUGAGGAUCAGACAGAGUUCCUGUGUGUGGUCUCCAAAGAGCUGUACAACUCAUCCAACGGCCUAAGCUCUGAGCCCAGCCACAAAGCCAAGAAGGAACUGCCAUGGCUCAUCUUGCAAGUAUCUCCACUCUUUCUUCCCUUUGUCCUGCAUGCUGGGCCACAGAGCACAGAGGAGGACCUGGAGGAGGAAGAGCAGGAGGUGGAGGAGGAGGCAGAGGCAGAAGCAGAAGCAAAGGAGAAAGGUGCAGCAAAUCCUUGAGGAAAAUGAUAAAAAUAACCCCUCAAGCAUAGACCCGUCCACCUUUCUGCUGUUACAAGCCAGAGGUCUGAGGAUGUGACCUUGACUCUCCAAUCCAGCCUUUUAUUUUUUGGUUUAUAUAUUUAUUUUUGUACUGCAGUGCACGUCAGCAGCUUGUCCCACAGUGAUGCUCCCCAGCCCCCUUCACUCUUCACAGGCAGCCAUUCUUUUUUACAAACUCAUCUUGGAGGCCUGAGCCUCAGCCCUGGAGGAGGCAGAUGCUCCAAGGAACCCCUGAGCUGCUGUAGGGGCUGGAGCCCACGGCCCCUCACUGGCAGGCCGGCUUUUCUUAAUGUCACAGUGGCCCCUGCUGGGGACAUCAGUCAUCAGCCACUGCAGCUGGCAGUCUCUUCCUGAACACCCUGGAUGCUACUGGGGCCCCGGGGUGGUGUCCACUGCAGAAGCACCAGUCCUCACCCUUUGGCUGUUGCAGGCAGCUGGUCUGGGAUUGUGGGCAAAUGCAGAGCCACUGCCCUUUUCAGAGACACCCACACUGUUCUUGGGGUGCCCCUGUUCUGGGUAUCACACUCCUUGGUGCCUCUCUCCCUCCCUGUCCCCCAAAGCAGCUCCAUGUGGGCAGGAUGAGGAGGAGAUGGGCGUGAUGCCCAGGUACCGAGAACACGCUAGCACCUAUGUUGUGUCAGCCCCAGGAGAUGCCUGCCUUGGGGAGCGGGGUGUUUUCCUCACUGCUGUAUCUGAGGACACCAGGUUGUAACUCCUGAAUAAAAUUCACAGUCCAUUCCUC